GCUUAGGCAUCAAUGCGUCAUCUCGGCCUCAGGCUCAAGACUCAGACUCAGUGCAGUCACUGCAGUGGUCAUUUUGUAGCCAGAGACAACGUCCUUUGAAAUGAUGCCUAUACUUCCAACAUCAGUGAAAUAUUUACCACGAUUGUGUAAAGAGAAUGCACCCAGACACUUCCCUUGGCCAAGGCUUUCCAGAAUUAUUUUGAGAAACUUUGCAAGCAACUUUUGGCAUCGAUCUCAUCAUGAACAUGUUUUUAGUUGUGACCAAAUUACAUUGUGUAGGAAUCCAGGCAGGAUUAAUUCUACUUCAGAAGGAAUUUCAUAUUCCAACACACCACGAUGUGUGUCUUUUACAAGGAACAUCCAGACUUGUAAACGUCAUCACUUUCGCUUCAUUCCCGAGUGUAGGACAUCUUCAAGGGAUAAGAUAAUCAGAGAGUCUAAAGAAAAGGGAGAUUUUAGAGAUAAUCUUGAUGCCUUGGUAGCUGAAUCUAUCAAAGAAGAAGAUAUGGGACCAAAGAACAAUGAUGAGGUGGAUGAUGAGGAUGAGAUAUUUAUCAGCCACUCAGGAAAGAUGCUAAUGUUUCCAUGGCGACUGGUGAAUACAAGUAGAGAAGGAUGGUCAGAUGGAGAGAGGAAGGACAGGAGAGAAGAUAAAACCAAGUAUCCCUCUGUGACUGGUAUACUGCAAAAGACGAUGUCUCCUGACAGUGCAGUAGCUCUUCUAAGGUGGGAAAGAUUCAUGAUAAAAAAGAUGGGAUUACCUGCUUUUCUGAAGUAUAAGAAAGAGAUGUUCAGUGAGGGACAUCAACUCCAUGCAAACAUUGGACAUGUCAUACUCAACAAUCCUGAAAAGGUAGCCAUUGACAAGAAUAUUGAAGGCUUCUGGAAUAGCAUCAAGGAGCGACUUCCAGAGCUUGUCUCAGACUCUCCCAUCAUAGAAUGUCACACCAAGCACCCGUAUCUUGGUUACCACGGUUACGCUGACUGCAUCACAGAGUACAGAGGGAAGCCUUGUCUUGUCGAAUUCAAGACAUCUAGGAAGCCUAAGAAGAGUCUAGCCAAGUGCUUUGAUAGCCCCGUACAGGUUGCAGCCUACCUCGGAGCAUUCAACUUUGACUCACAUCAUCAGUUUCAGAUAAAUCAAGCGCUUCUGGUGAUAACCUACAAAGAUGGCUCUCCAGCCGACCUCCAUGUCAUGACCUCUGACCUCUGUGACCUUUACUGGAAGAAAUGGUUGAGGAGACUUCAGGAAUACAGGGAAAUAGAAAGCAGACAAACAGCUGCCGAACAUUAGAUUGGUAUUCUGAUUGGAAUGCAAUUCUAUUUGAACAUUCAUCAUUAACUGGGUACGGUGACUUCUAUUUGAACAUCAUCAUUAACUGGGCAUGGUGACUCAGGGGUAGAGCGCUCAUCCAGAGAUUGUGGGAAGGUUCCAUCCUCCACCAUGCAUGUCAUAUCAAAGAUAAUGUGACUUUCUGCCUUCUAACUAGGUGCUUACAUGUAGAUUGGAUAAAGGGUAAUAAUAAUGUCAUGCAGGUAUAAGUUUAAUUACUGAAGUGGCUAUAAUACCCUGGUGACAUAAAAUAUAUUAUGCUUGGACAAGGUGCCAUACCAUCAUGUUAGGCAAAGUUCACCCUGACAAAAAGUUUAUUGUAAAAAUAGCAGAAAAAAAAAAAAAAAAACAUUGCCGAAGGUUUGAGAAAGGUCCAUCAAAGAAUUAAAAAGUUAUUAGAAUUUCAAUUAUUUGAUUUGUGAUGUCACAUGUGAGCAGCAUUCCUACAUAGCGAAUGGUAAAACAUUAAUGAAAUGUCAUUUUCUCAGAAAAUUUUAAAUGGUUUUUACUGUACCUUUUGUAUAUCAAUAGACAAAAUCACACCUGGGUAGUGUUUCAUGAAAGGACUUGUCGGACGUUUUAUCCGACAAGUCCCAUUUCAUCCGACAUUUGCCAUAGUAAAAUGCUUCUCAGCCAAUCAAAAUCAAGGAAAUUUGUCAGAUCUGACAACUUGUCGGACUAAAAUGUUGAUGAAACACUCCCCAGAUCAUGAAAGAAAAGAAAAAUAAGUCAUCAGGAACCAUUAGAAAAUGAAAUUCAUGCAUUUUAUAUUACAUAACAUAUGGGGCAGCUGUUUGUUUAUGACAUCACAAAUCCAAAACUUGAAAUCCUAAUCACUUAAUCUUCAACAGAUUUUCCUCAAACCUUCACCAAUAUUUUUUUAAUAAU